UAAUAUUUUGGAUAAUAAGGCAAAUAUUUUCACAAUAAUCUUCUCUUUCAGUGAAGUUUUUGUCUUCUACAAGAAAGAGUUUCUUCUUUCCUUGGGUUCGCGCACCUGCAUUUGGACUGGAUUGUACUUCGUUCUCAUUGGCUCUGAAGAAUGUCUGAUCCCAACUAUACACCCGGUGGGUCUUCUCCCACUGGAGGGGUUACCAUUAGUGGGGAGGCUAACAUGAUGCUCCAACAGUUCUGGCCAAAGACCAUCAGCAACAUUAGAUCUCUGAAACAGGAUGACUUUAAGCAACAAGAACUACCGUUGGCAAGAAUUAAAAAGAUAAUGAAACUUGAUGAAGAUGUGAAGAUGAUCAGUGCAGAAGCUCCUGUAUUGUUUGCUAAGGCUGCAGAGAUUUUCAUUAGUGAGCUCUCACUUCGUGCCUGGAUCCACACAGAAGAUAACAAGAGAAGAACACUACAGAGAAAUGAUAUUGCCAUGGCAAUUACAAAGUUUGACCAGUUUGAUUUCCUCAUUGACAUAGUUCCUAGAGAUGAACUCAAGCCUGCAAAAAGACAAGAUGAUUCUACAAGAAAUACCUCAAUGCUGCCAGAUCAAAUACAGUAUUACCUACAACUUGCCAAUCAACAAGCUCAGCAACAGCAACAACAACAGCAGCAGCAACAACAACAACAGCAACAACAACAGACACAAGUGCAGCAGACACCCCCACAGCAAAUUGUGCAACAGGCACAACCUGUCCAGACUCAAAUAACACAACAGCAACCUCAGACAACACAGAUACAGCUUCCUGGGGGACAGAUUAUACAACAACCUUUCCAGAUCCAUCAAGCUGCCUCAGCUCAGAACUCUGUGGUAGCACAGCCUCAGGUGAUCCAGAUACAAGCCCCUCAUCAACAAACAAUACAGACAAGCCAAGCUCCAGUGCAACAAGUUCAAAUUCAACAACCUCAGCAACAGACACAAGUUUAUCAACAAGUCGUUACUCCAGCCGGAGUCCAAAACGUCCCUAUUCAGCUGACCCCAGCCCAACUACAGGCCAUUCAGAUGCAGCUACAAGGAAAACAGGGUAAUCAGCCAAUCAUCAUUCAAUCCUCAGAGCAGCCCGCAGUCCAAACGAUACAGACAGUCACACAGGCCGACCAGUCACAGUUUGGACAGGGUGUGUAUCAGAUACAACAGUUACCUAAUGGACAGCAAGUGUACAUACAACAGACCGAGGUCGACCACAGUGAACAGGAUGGCUCUUAGCACUAGCAAACUGAUAGGAUCUUCUCCUUGUUUUAGCACGACUUCUUUAUGAUGUGUGACGGUCUUAUAUUGUAUUUUAUUGCAUGAUCAAAUCCUGUUUUUUAGCACACCCAAUGGUGUGUGUGAGGUUGUUUUGUAUGUCCAUGCCUGAUCAAUUAUAUCUACAACAGCAGCAAGUUUAUUUCUGUUCAUUUAGUGCUGUUUUCUUACAUUUUACAGUACACCUUUUUAAUAUACCAAAUGCUUUGAUCUCCAGUAAAAAGAGAAUUUUGCACACCAUACUCAAUGUUUCUGGAAGUACAUCAAUACUGAAAACUUAAAUUACAUGUGUUUCACACAAAUAUGUUUAUAUGUACUAUUUGUACAGGUAUAAAUUUUCUACAUUUCGUGGUUGAUGUUGGUCUAUGUAUGAAAAUUAAAGGAUUCCAAAGUUUAAUGAAAAUUGUGUACACACUCAAUAGUACCAUUAUUUGCAAUAUUAUGAUCUUACAUUCAUGGGUAAAUGGAUGAAGCUGUAUUACAUCGUACAAUGUGUAUGUAGCUCGUGUGUAUAGGAUCAGCAACAUUUGUAGUACUUUUCACUGGUAUAUUCUUGUUGUUACAUUUGUACAUGCAUCUUGAAAGGUUGUUCAUGUCUACAUAUAUUGUAUUCUCUACUGAAUACUGAGUUCUUGUAAGUGAUACAAUACCGAAUUAACUCGCUACAAAUACAGUACACCUUGUUCCCUUAUCAUAAUAGUUUCUUUCAUCCAUGGACUGGUUAAAAGGGAUGUCAAUGUGUCAUAUUCACAACUGCAGAACUAAUGGUACAUGUGUUUUUUUUUCUUUAUUUGCAUCUAAAGACUCAAUAUUCUGCAUUUAUCUAUGUAUGUGCAUCAGAUGGAAAAACAAUGUUAACUUUUGUACAUUUACAAUGCAUUUUACAUGAAACAAUAUGCAGCAGAAUCAUGAAUAUUAUUUAUUGUAAAAUCAAUAAAGAUCUUUGCAAAUCUUUC